AUGAAGCCGGCGGUGCUGGAAGUAAUGAGGAUGAACCGGGUGUGCAGGAUGGUCCUGGUCACUUCCGUGGGCUCCUUCAUCCUCGUCAUCUUCUAUUUCCAAAGUAUGUUGCACCCAGUAAUGCGUAGAAAUCCAUUCGGGAUGGACAUUUGCUGCCGGAAAGGAUCCAGAAGCCCACUGCAGGAACUGUAUAAUCCCACCCAGGUGAGUUUGUCCAACACAGCAAUUCUUCAUCAGAUUAGACGAGACCAAGUGACAGACACAUGCCGAGCAAACAGUGUAUCUAGCAGGAAGCGCCGUGUGCUGACGCCCAACGAUCUCAAACACCUGGUUGUGGAUGAAGAUCAUGAAAUGAUCUAUUGCUAUGUUCCCAAAGUGGCCUGCACAAACUGGAAGAGAGUCAUGAUGGUUUUGACGGGAAGAGGCAAGUACAGUGAUCCAAUGGAAAUCCCAGCCAAUGAAGCCCACGUGUCUUCGAACCUGAAGACCCUCAACCAGUACAGCAUCCCAGAGAUCAACCACCGCUUGAAAAACUACAUGAAGUUCCUCUUUGUUCGCGAGCCUUUCGAGAGACUGGUGUCAGCCUACAGGAACAAGUUCACCCAGAAGUACAACACUUCCUUCCACAAGCGAUACGGCACCAAAAUCGUGAGGCGCCAGAGGAAAAAUGCAACCCAGGAAGCUCUGCGUAAAGGCGAUGACGUGAAAUUUGAAGAGUUUGUGGCGUAUCUCAUCGACCCGCAUACCCAAAGAGAAGAGCCCUUCAACGAGCACUGGCAGACUGUGUACUCCCUCUGCCACCCUUGCCACAUCCACUACGACCUCAUAGGAAAAUACGAAACGCUCGAAGAGGAUUCGAAUUACAUUCUCCAGCUGGCGGGAGUAGGCAACUACCUGAAGUUCCCCACCUAUGCAAAGUCUACGAGAACUACUGACGAAAUGACCACAGAGUUCUUCCAGAACAUCAGCUCCGAGCACCAAACGCAGCUGUAUGAAGUCUACAAACUUGAUUUUUUAAUGUUCAAUUACUCAGUGCCAAGCUACCUGAAAUUGGAAUGA